AUAGCGUCCUGGUACCAAGGAGGAGGGUAAUUUUAUCUUGGUGAUUGGGUAGAAGUUGUGGUUUCUAUAAAAAUAGGCCGCAAGAUUAUUUUUUUUCAACAUGUCUUCCAUUUCAAGUAUGGCAAGGUUUAAGAAUCCAAACAAAUCUGGAACUGUUCCAUCUUUGAGCAGAAGCAGUAAUCUACGUCGUAGUGGCAGUAUGGGGAGCCUUCGACGUAGUACCACUCCAACUGGCUUAGCUCCUAAUUUUAAUGCUACGAAGACAUCAAAGAGUACUGCUAGUUAUCCAAACUUGGAGGCAGAGUAUAUUAAAAAUCUUCAACAGCAAAUCUACUUCCUAGAACUUGAAGCUAAUUUUCUUAGAGACCAGACAAAAAAAGCAACUGAACUGCAUCCAAAGAUGACAGAGGAGGCCACAAGAAUGUUGGUGAAACUCAAGGAACUCCAAAUGGAUGUUGACAAUAUGACCCUUGAAAUUAAACGUAAAGAGUCCAACCUGGAUAUGGUCAGCAAUGAAAAGGAAAGGCUUGAUAGCAGGUUGAAGAUGCUAGACGAGACACAUUCCAGAGAAAAGAAACUGUUGGUUGAAGAAGUGGUCAUGUUGAAAAAGCAGAAUGAUAUAAUCCAACGUGAGAUCUCUGAAAAGGAUCGCGAGAUUCUGCAAGCAAAAGCAGAGGUUGACAGCAGAACCACAUCCUUAAGCAAUGCAGAACAUCAAAUACAUAUUAUAAAAGCACAGUUGGAUCAAAAGAACGAACAACUGAAGUCGACACAGCUUGCUUUGGAGGAGAAACGAACUGAUCUGGUUAAGACACAGUCUCAAUUACAUGAAAUGGAGGAUAGGUUUUACUCAAGUACAGCUGCACUACAAGACAAAGCAGUCCAAGACCAUAAGGAUCAAAUACGAGUGCUUCAGCAAAAAUUUAGGGAGGCAGAGCUCACUGCUGAACAGGACAGAUACAUGAAGAAUAAAAUGUCAGAUGAUUGUGCUAAUCUUGUGAAGGAGAAUGCUUUAUUUGGAGCUCAAAUCUUGGAGCUUAAUAAACAGCUAGAGCGAGAACGUGAUUUACGAGAAAGCCGUGAUACCAAGCACGCUACUAGUAUCACUGAGCUUGUGAGCUUCCGAGACAAAGAAAAGCAUCAUCAGUUUGAGUUGAACCAGCUUAAAGAUCAGCUACGAUAUGAAAGAGAACGUGUUGAACAUCUAAUGCAGCAGCUAUCAAAGCAAGAGCAUCUGAACACGACUAGUACUUUAGGGCAUAACACAACCAAGAGCAGACUAGCAGAGCUUGAAGGAAGGCAUGGAGGACUUGAGCAAGAGAAUACGGCUUUGCGUAGGGAUAAGAUGCUCCUGGUCGACCAUGUAUCAGACCUCCAACGACAGCUUUCAGAAAAGGAGCAGGAAGUGAUCAGCCUACAGACACAUGUGCGCUCAAUGGAAUUGGAGUUGCAGGGUUAUGAACGCAAAUCAAUGCUUGAAUCAACUAUCCAGAGUCAGAAAUGGGGCGAGUUUGAGAAGAUGGCUGAAAGCAUGAAAAAGCUAUCGCACAGUAUGACAGCACGAUCAAUGAGCCCCGAUUAUGCAUAACUGUCAAAAGGUUUGGCUCUCUAAACCAGUAUAAGUUUUUAAUUUUCCGAUUGAGUGGUUUUUAAAAUAUUUAUUUUAUAUAAAUUUCUGCCUACUUAUGCAUUAUAUAAUAUUAUAUUGACUUCAUUAAGAUGUUUUUUAGGAUGUAGAAGUUUUCUACCUGGAUUUUAUUUUCACCCUUUUUUGAUAAAUAUUUAUAGUUUGUAUUUCAAAAGAGUAGCAAAAUGUUACUCGGUAAAUAUAAAAAUUCUGAAGGUAAAAGAAAGAAUGAGUAAUGUAAAUAAAUAUAUAUUUUUUAUUCAAACUAUUAGUUUUAAUUAUGUAAUGGAUGAUCAUAUCUCCAUACUACUUUAAUUUUAUUAUAAAGAUAAUAAUGACUAGUACAAUUUGAUUGUGGACAAAUAUAAGACCAGUAUUAAUGGGAAUAUAAAGGGACAUACCUUGAUUACAAUUGUGUGUUCUUAAAAGAAAAUAUAUAAUGUAGAGGUACACUUAAGAUUCUUGUUACAUUAAAUUAAGUCAUUAUACUAUAGUUAAAUAAUCUUAUGUGAAUUCUUAUUUAAAUAUUACAGUUUCAAACCAAAGAUAGCAUAACGCAAUGUAAAAACAGACUUUAAGUUGUAGAUAGUAGGUAAAUUCAACCACUGAUGCGAUGCAGAUAUCCAUUUUUCUGGAGUACAAUUUAUCCAGAUAAUUCUCUUGUUUUAAAAUUGUAUCAAAACAAUAUUAACAAUCAAUCAAUUGGUUCUUUAUAAAGUGCACAUGUUUAUCAAUAGGAAAAUACUCAUUGUAUCAAAUGUACUCGCCCUAAAUUUAAAAUUUUAUAAGAAAGUGCGAGUUUGAAUGCCACUAGUACAGAAUAUUUUCUAUCUGGUGUAUAUUAGAGUUUUUGAAUUUAUAAAAAUUUACAGUAAUGUAAUAUGGAACAGGUAAUCACCAAAAUGAACACAAUUUUGCAAUCAAGCUAUCAGUCCACCAUUCUACAUUAUAAAAUGAAUAAUCCUCUCAAAAAAUGAGUAAUCAUUGCAUUCAUGUAUACACAUAUUUUUAUUAUCCAACUGAUACAAAUAUGGUAAGUUACUGUGAUUGUUUCAAUGUAGAUAGUGUGUUUCCCUUUUGUGAGUGAAAUGGUAAUACUGUAACAAUAUUUUGUUUUAGCUAUAUUUUGUAUUUUAUUUUGAAACCAGAUUAGCAAACAAAAUUGUACAUCUUUUUUUGUAUUCAUUGAGCAAAGAAUCAAAUGAAGAAGAAAGCCAACUUCACACUACAUAAUUUAGUGUACAUAAUUAAAAAAAUAUAUUUACUGUUUCCAUGUUUUCAUUGGCAGGUAAUUAUAACUCAUAACUAAUAGAUUACUUUAAGAUCAAUAAAAAUACAUUCCCAUUUUCAAUAAAGUUUUCUGAUCUUCUAAA